AUGUACAGCCUGGAUAAGGUCCGCCAAUUGCAAUUGCAGGCAGAAGUCCUCCCUCUGCCUGGCUUUCUGUAUCAAUCUUCUGCUAAUCCAAGUCUGCGGAGCGUAUCUCCCUCAAGUGCGAAUCGUCUCGGCGCCUCAGCCGCGACUCCUUCUCUUCACACGGAUCUUGGCCCUCUCACUUUUCAAAACGAACCGCUCAGUCCACUGUCAUUACCAAUUGACAUCACUUCUCACACUGUUCCUUCCUCAAAAGAUCCUGUGAACGAUCAGAUCAUGGAUGUUGAAAUGCCAGGGGAGCUCACUGGACCAAGCUUUACGUGCAUCGCAAUUCAUCACAGUGCCGAAGUCGCACAACAAGUCUCUGCCGACAUUGAUCGCACCUUCCGGAUCCUAGAGGGUUACCUAGGCACACGAAUUGAGGCCGGCACCUUUGCAGAUCGCAGAAUAUGCAUUGUUGACUUCCGAACCUGGCCUGCCGCCGCAAAGGCAUUCUAUCUACAUCCUCAAAUUUUCAUCUCAGGGCAAAUCUAUGCGGUCAAUCCCAUCCUUCCAGACAACUUAGGAAAUUUGUCAAAUGAGCUGCGAACAGAGAAUGUCCAACGAAACAACCAGGAGCAAGCAGCACCAGUGCAGACACUGCCAAUAAUCUCGCCGCCACCCACUGGAGAUCGCCCUCGUAAACGCCUUAAGAAGGAGCCCCCGAAGCCAAAAGUGCCUCAAUGCGCGGUUUGUUUCACCGACCUUGAGGGGCCCUAUGCUGUUCCGUGUCUUGGGAAUUGUACCAAAUCCCGUUGCUAUGAUUGUCUUAAGAGAGAAUUCCAGGUUGCAAUGUCGGAUAUGGAGCGAAUGCCUGUUCAGUGCUGUGGUAGAGUCAUGCACUAUGAGGUUGCUCAGGAUAUCCUUCCGGCUGUUGAACUUGAGGCGUACAAGACGCGAUUUAUCGAAAACGGCACUCCCAACCCGCUCUACUGCCCUAUGCCGAGAUGUUCCACUUACAUCCCUUCACGUCUCAUCCCUGAAGGUGCGACUCGUGUAGCCUGCUUCACUUGUCUUGCUGCAGUGUGCACGAAAUGCAAAAACCUAGCGAACGACACCCACGUUUGCGGAAAGAAUGAGGAGUAUAAUUCCAUCAUCAAGAAAUUCAAGUACAAAGUCUGCCCCAAAUGUAAUACCGGGGUCAUGAAGAUGUUUGGCUGUGCACACGUCAGAUGUAAUUGUGGUGCUCAUUGGUGCUGGGACUGCAGGAGACCCAUAAUGGCAUGCAACUCAAACCCGUGUCGCACAGCAAGAGAGGAUGGAGCAAGACCAGAAAAUCCUGACGAUGAGUUGGUCUUGGACUUGGACUCGGACUCGGACGCUGACAUGGGUGUCACCGAACCAGAAAUUGAGGUAUUGACAAGUGUGGAGGAGGCCAGGGACGCAGUCACUUCAGCCACCCAAGAGGUGGUUCGGCAACAGGAGUCAAUCGAGGAACCCACUCAACAAGCAACUGAGGAACAAAUCCAGCAAGUAGAAGGAGAAGAUACUUCUCAAGUACAGGUUGUAGCGACCAGUGAUGAAACUCCGACAGAGAUUGAAAACUUGGACGACCCCGAUCGCGAGAAUUGGGAAGAUGCGGAUCUCUUUUUCGGCCCAGAGCCUGAGGACGAGUAUACUGAUACUUGGGGAUGCGCGCAUCGGUUUGAGCUUCUGAAGAAGCGCAAUAUUCCUAAGUUCUGGAAGGUUGGUUCCGAUCCCACAGUCCCAGGCGACUUCAAAGUGGGAUGCCUCUCAUGCUUCCAGAGAACAACAGUGUGGGAAGACCAUGAGGAGCUUGAGCCACCAUCCGGGACAGCUCAACAGCCGGAGAAGAGUGACGACUGUCAGAAGCGAACACCUUCCAAAGAAAUUCUGCUGGCGAAGAAGAACUCUACAGACGAUCAUGCUUUCUGGUGUCAGAUGUGCAUGAUCAUCGUUUGCGGACUAUGCCGAGAUGCGCACAAGAGACAAUGGAAACGCAAUUACAAAGUGGAGGUCUAA